CAGUGUAGGCGUCCACACUUUGCGUUCUGCCAUCGCGCGCUCCGCCUCCCUCCCCGCGCCCGCAGUCCCCGCCGCCGCCCCCGCAGGCAGCCGCCCCGUAGUCCCCACCGCCGAGCACAGCCGCCGCGCCCGUAGUUCCCGCGCCAGCAAGCCCACAGUCCCCGCCGCACACGCCGCGAUGAUCCUGGAAAGCGGCAUGUACGAGCAGGCCGGGGAGCUCCAGAUCCUGUUGGAGUACAUGGACCAGGGGUCGCUCGAGAGCCACCGCAUCGCGUGGCGCGCCAGGUGCUGUCGGGCAUCGCCUACCUCCACCGCCGCCGCAUCGUCUACCUCCACCGCGACAUCAAGCCCUCCAACCUGCUCAUCGACUCCGGGCGUCGCGUCAAGAUCGCCGACUUCAGCGUCAGCCACAUCCUGAACUAGACCAUGGACCCCUGCAACUCCUCCGUGGGCACCAUCGCGUACAUGAGCCCCGAGCGCAUCAACACCGACCUCAACGACGGGUACGCCGGCGACAUCUGGAGCUUCGGCCUCAGCAUCCUCGAGUUCUACCUGGGCCGCUUCCUGCUGUGCGAGAACCUGGGGAAGCAGGGCGACUGGCCGCGCUCAUGUUCGCCAUCUGCUACUCCGACUCGUCGCAGGCGCCGUGCAACGCCUCGGUGGGCUUCAAGAACUUCAUCAGCCUCUGCCUACAGAAGAACCCAGUGAACCGUUCGUCCGCGAUGCGGCUGCUGCAGCACCCGUUCAUGGCCCAGCCGCAGCCGCAACCCCUGGCCGCCCCGCCGUCAUGAUGGCUCGCCGUACCCUACAAAUCUACAAUUCAUGCCCGAUUUGAUUGAUUGAUUGCUUCCCGUCAUGAUACAGCUGAAGACGGCGGACAGAUUGAUCUUUGGGGUGGAUGGAUGGUUGGUUGCAUGAUUGAUUAGCUCUGCACUUGCGCUUUUCAAUAUAAUGUGGGAAGUACUGAAUUGCAUAGAACAAUUGCUCCAAAAAACUAUAUUUUUAUGGUUUAUAAUAAAGUAUCAGGACUUACCUUUCUUUGCCAUUGGGAACCUUGUGCUUCCCUGGGCAAGUGCUCGCAUUGGUACUUAAGAUUCUAUCUAUGCAUCACUUUCAGCUUGAAUACCUUAACAAUGGUACUUCUCUGAGAUCAUUAAAUCAGUUUAUGUACUUUUACAUAGUAAUAAGCCAUCUGCUCAAGUGAGAAUAGAUGUUGUGGUUGGAAAGGAUCGUCUAUUAGACGUUUCCAUGCAUAAGAUAAGUGUUGCAGCUAUACAAACUGGUUUUGGUUUUGAGGUCAAGCUGGACAAGGGAAACGAAGCUCAAAAUGAAUCAAUUUAUUAGUCAAAACAACAUCUCUAUUCAUUGAAGAUUGGUUCUUUUUAAAAUUUUAGAUGUCAUUGGUUGGAUUGCGAUCUCCUUUGCAAAAGUAUGGUUCUUUUUUAAAUUUCAGCAUACUGCUUCAAUCUUGAACUACAAUUUUUCAUGGUCUGAAAUUGCAUAUGGAGACUUGGAUUUUAAUGCUUAAGCUGAAAUUGCAUAUGGGGAACUUUGGUUUUAAUGCAUUUCUUGCUUCAACCUUGAGAUAGCAGCUGUUGUUUCCCCCACUUAUUGUUCAUUCUAGAAUUAGUAGAUGACUGCCUUGCAAGGAUUUGAACAUAUGAUAGGGUGCUAAAAUGUUUGAAUGAUGCUUUAUGGUAUGCUUGCAUUUAGAGAAUAUAGUAGAAGACCUGAAGUGGGUUUACAGGACUAAGAAUGUUCAUUGUAUCUCAAUCAUGAAAUAGUAAAUAUUUUUCUUGUUUGCAGAGAUUUCAGGCUAUGUCUUAUUCAGCAGUUAUGAAAGGUAGCGACUACAAUGUGCUCUUUACUUAACUUUCUCAUUAAUAUCUCUGCCCUUUGGAUUUUUUAUGCAACAUUUUGAUUUUUUAUUUGACCAGCUAACAAGCAAUUCACUAUUAUGUUAUUAUUGGUACUUAUCUUUCUCAUUAAUAUCUCUUCCCUUUGGAUUUUUUAUGCAUCAUUCUGAUUUUUUAUUUGACCAGCUAACAAGCAAUUCACUAUUAUGUUAUUAUUGGUUAAACUGGACCCUUCAGGUGAUUUCUGUGUAGCCCUAACAUUAAAGCUCCCAGUUUAUGCAGGCUGCAGCUUUGAAUUUGUAAUACCUUUGCAGUUACUAUUAAGUUAGCAUGGACAAUAGAAGGUGGAAAUCAUUUCCUUAGCUCCUGUUAGUGUCCAUGAACAUAAGUUACCCAUGGUCUGAGAUGUUACAUCCUCCUGAGCUAUUUUCUCUUGUUGUGUACUUCUGUUAGUGUCCCUGGCACUAUAUCAUUCAUUUGGAGAUUUUCAAUCAGCUGUAUAGCUAUGUAAAAUUGGUUGCAUUUUAGGUGAUUUGUGGGAAUUAAAUUGCAAUGUACCAGAAAUCGAUCUUAAUUUAUGCAAUAGAUUAUAUGGGAAAAAUCAUACCAUGGAUUGGAUGUAGGCUGAAACCAGUUACUUCAUCUAGGCUAAAAUUGUUGGUUCUGUACAAAAGGUAGUCUAAUUAGGCUUUGAUAUCCGAAUUAAAUGUUUAUCACCUACUUUUAGAAAAAAGUUAGUCAUCUUCACGAUCCAGUUGAUACAUAUUCACAAAUUUGUACAUGAGUAACAGGCAACAACUUUUCUCAAUUUAUCCAGAAAAUGACUUAUUUUUAGGGGCCUGGUGUAUAUCUCUAUCCUAUUAUUUUAUUCUCAGCACAUUCACAUUCACAACUAGCUCAACACAUUCACAUUCUCAGAUACCGAUCUACUGGACAUCAUCAACUCAGAGAUCAAGUACGCCCGAGGACUCAGGACUGCGAUGACCACGACACGGUAAUGGAGCAGAUCCCCUAUCUAUUGUGUGUGUAUCUAUUUUCACAAUAUUAGAGUAACAAACCAAUCCUUGUUUCUUGUGUAGAUUCAGUCACGCUAGAGAGUGUAUUUGGUCUGUUAGUUAUUCUGUUGCAUUGCUGUGAAUUAGAUCCUCCAGAAUGUUGUUGUCAUGUUUCUAUUUUCCUUGGGAAGUAAUGUUGUGUUUUUAUUUAUGGUUAAUUCUAUACGAUCAUUCUACGAUUGAUAGGGUAAUCCUGUACUCCUGUCUCCACUCUACUCAAUGCUUGUAGUUCUUUUGCCCUGAGGAAGAGUUUGGGACAUGCAUGACAUUACGAUUUCCAUCUUCAAAUUGUGAUACUUUUGACACACAUAAUCUGGUGUUCUUAAGUGUCCUUUUAAUUUUGAUGCCUUCCUUUAUCCAGUGACUAUAGUCUAUAACAUAUACCCAUCCUAUAUCAUAUACCCAUCCUAUAAGAGUUUGGGACAUGCAUGACAUUCACGAGUCUCGACUACAAGCUCGAGCAGAUUGUCAGUGUUAAAAGACAGAUUUCAAUAGCGUCGCAGAUUCUCCGUUUGCUUUCUCAUGUCUUUUAGUUGGAAAAAACAAAAAUUGUUAGUAGUCUCCGAUCUUACAGUACAGGGGGCUUCAUUCGCUCAUCAUUGGGCAAUCCCCGGUUUGCCUAUUAGUGCUCCAUGCUCCAUUUGUUGAUUAGCAUGUGCCAAAAUGAAAUGCUACAGGAGAGCCCCCCUACAAUAUCUUAACUAGGCGCUGUCCUCAUCUUCCAAAUUACUGCAUGCUGCAUGUAUGAGCGAAAAUAUCCACAAAUGAUUUUACAACUGUCAAAAAAUUUCAGCAGUGAACCGAACAAAUCUGCUGGCAUUCAAAUGUUUUGAUUCAACAUAUGGCAAUAUAUUUGAGCCUCUGAUUCUGCUGGCAAUUGAUUCACGAAUGCAUUUUGUUUUUAUUUGAUUCAUGGCCAGCAAUUGGGACUGGAUAUCGAACAUUCUGCUGGACUCAAAUGAUAUAGCUUGCACUAGGUUCCUCAUGUUCAUUUCAUUUCCCCCGAACAGAAUUUGUGAUGUCACAGAGUAGGGAUGAUGAUGAUCUAUAUCAAAAAAGACUAGGUUCCUCAUGUUCCUCAUAGUCCUCUCCAUAAAGCACUAGGUUCCAUCAUCCUGCCUCUGCCUCUCUUGUAUAGUUUCUUCCAUUCAAAGUGAGCAGCAAUACUUGAUUGAUGUCGUGUGUUCAGAAAGUAUACUACCAUUCUGGCGGACUUCGGCUGAACCCGAACCUGUACGAGAGCGGGAAAGUGUGCCUGAGCCUUCUGAACACCUGGUGGGGCAAGGGGUGCGAGAAGUGGGGCAAGUCGAGCUCCACCAUGCUGCAGGUUCUGGUCUCCAUCCAGGGCCUCGUGCUGAAUGACAGGCCAUACUUCAAUGAGCCAGGAUACAAGAACUCGGCUGAAACGACAGGUGGUGAGAGGUGUUCCUUGGCUUACAAUCAGACGACCUUCGUCAGAUCAUGCAAGACGACGCUGUAUUCACUCCGGAAGCCUCCAAUGCAUUUUGAGACCCUUGUGUUGUGGCACUUCCACGAGCAUGAGCGUGCCAUCCUCGACGCUUGCAGGGCUUACAUGUCUGGGACAGUCGUUGGGUCGUCUGCUGGGACUGGGAGCAACCGCAGAUACGUCCAUGACAAGUGCUUUGCAGAAUUCCACAAGUCGCUGACGCUCUACACUGAACAUCUCAGGGCUGAGUUUGCUACAAACAGAAGACGAGUGAUGGAGCUAGAAACAGAAGACGAGAUCGUGCCUAGCAUAGCAGCUAGCAUGAAAUCGUGUUGAAGGCAAAUGCCCCACAGUGUUGCUCUCAUCAUCAGAUAUUUGCUGCCUUAGCUAUUUCUAGCUUCAUUCAUGUCAAGUGAAUAAUCUAAUUCAUGACAAUUGUACCUGUCUCUAUAUCUAAUGAAUCUGUCCUCUCUUUUGAAAGUACUAAGUGUAUGCCCGUGCGUUGCUACAGAAUAAACAUGUUAUGAUGAGAUGCAGAAACAUUAGUUAUCGUUCUA